UUAUGUCUGUUUCCAUGAGAGAUUUGGAUCCAGCUUUCCAGGGAGCUGGACAAAAGGCUGGACUUGAAAUAUGGCGCAUUGAGAAUUUAAAACCAGUUGCUGUUCCGACUUCCUCCUAUGGGACGUUUUUCACAGGGGAUUCCUACGUUAUCUUGAAGACAACAGCUUCAAAAGGUGGUGCACUGCGUCAUGAUAUCCAUUACUGGCUGGGUAAAGACAGCAGUCAGGAUGAAGCUGGCGUUGCAGCCAUCAAAACGAUUGAGCUGGAUGCAGCUCUUGGAGGACGUGCUGUACAGUAUCGGGAAUCACAG